GGCUUUAUGCAAUAUAUGUGACAGGAGUAUAGUUUCCCUUUCAGGCGAGCUACCACUUUAAUUACAUACCCUGUUCUGUUCAUGCACGCACUGCCUAUUCAGACACGCAAGGCAUCCAAAUCCUUCUGUAGCCAUUAGUGUUGGGAAUCCGUCUCUGUCCCAUAAAUACUAAAAUGCAGCAGCAGUGGGAAGGCCUAAAAUAGACUUUGUAUGAUACCCAAAAUAGCCUGCUGCAGUGAGAGAAGCCAUCGGCGGGACGUAGCCUACAAUGGAGGCCAGUGCUGUCCUGCUGGCUAUCAAUAACAUAUAUGUUGCUAUAUUUGCCCUCUUUUGCUUUAAGCUGCUAAUCAAGGUGUCCCUGGCUCUGCUCACACACUUUUACAUUGUCAGGGGCAACAGGAAGGAAGCGGCGCGGAUAGCUGAGGAGAUCUAUGGCAUAGCUCCAGGUUCGUGGGCCGACAGAUCUCCUCUGCAUGAUGCAGCAUUUCAUGGGCGUCUUCUUUCUCUCAAAACUCUAAUUGCACAGGGGUUUAAUGUAAACCUUUUGACCAUAGACCGUGUUUCUCCUCUUCAUGAAGCUUGCCUUGGGGGCCAUGUAGCCUGUGCUAAAGUACUUCUGGAACAUGGAGCAUAUGUUAAUACCGUGACUAUAGAUGGAAUCACGCCCCUGUGCAAUGCCUGCAGCUGCGGAAGCGUUGCCUGCGUCAGUAUGUUAUUGGACUACAGGGCCAACCCAGAGCUGGAGACCCAGUUAGUCUUUCCUCUGCACGAAGCAGUUAAAAGAGGUCACAGAGAGUGUGCAGAGAUACUAAUUGCCCACGGGGCAGAUAUAAAUAAGGAGGUGCUGAACUGUGGCACGCCCCUUUAUGUGGCCUGUACCAACCAGAGAACUGAGUGUGUCAAGAAGCUCCUUGAAUUAGGAGCAAAUGUGAAUUGUGGGAAUUUCAGAGACACCCCCCUGCACGCAGCGGCUAGGAAGUCAAGUGAGGAAAUUGCAAGGCUGCUGAUUGACUAUGGAGCGAAUGUAAAGUGUAAAAACAUGGAAGGCAAAUACCCAGUGGAACUCGCAGCUCCCAGGAGCCCUGUAGAACAAGUACUUUUGUUUGCAGAAGGCCCCGCGACACUGGCUCAGAUAUGCCGACUUUGCAUACGAAAGUAUUUGGGAUCGUCCUGCCACCAGAUAAUUCCCCGGCUGCACUUACCUGAGAGACUAGAGCAAUUCCUUUUAUAUCAGUAGUUCUGUAAUGAAUGAAUUCAAUUAUUGGCUCUUUUUGGCCGAGUGUUCAGUGUGAUUCUGUGUAACAUUUCCUAGUGGAUACAGUAUCUAGUAGAAUUAAUUCUAAAAAGCCCAAAAAGUUAUGUACAACAUUUCCUAGUGGAUGUUUGCAUUAAGCCCUUUAAUAAAUUUGAUGUUAAUUGUACUUAAAGGAGAACUAAACCCUAAAAAUAAAUAUGGCUAGAAAUGCCAUAACUGCACUAGCCUAAAGGUU